AUGGACGACCAAAUCGAGAUCUUGCCAGGAACAUCGCGCCUCUUCGAAACCGAUGCACAAGCUGCCAGCUCCCAUCUCAAGCGACAUGGAAAUAUUGUCCUCUCGCCACAACCGACCGAUUCUCCUAAUGACCCUCUCAAUUGGGGCCUCCCACGAAAGUACCUGCACGCCAUCCUACUCUUCUUCAUUACAGGCUUCACAGCUGCCACUGCGAACGAUGCUGGCUCGGCGCAGGAUGGGAUGAACGAGGAAUAUGGGAUAUCUUAUGGCGCAAUGAAUACAGGAGCAGGCGUACUUUUCGUCGGAAUUGGAUACUGGACAUUCUUGAUAUCGCCAGCUGCUUCUCUGUACGGGAGAAGAAUUCCAUACCUGAUAGGCAUCACCUGGGGACUCAUUGGAGCAUUAUGGUUUGCGCAUGUCAAGGGGACUCGAGAUUCGAUCUGGAACCAGCUCUUUGUCGGCGCGUCAGAAAGUGCUGCAGAGGCCAAUGUCCAAUUGUCGCUGUCUGAGAUCUCAUUUGAACACCAAAGAGGAAGCGUGAUCGGUAUUUACGUCUUAGCGACGAGUGUUGGAAUAUAUCUCGGGCCUCUGAUCGGUGGCUUCGUCUCAGAUCGUCUUGGGUGGAGAUGGAUACCUUGGCUUUCGGUUAUCAUAUCGUCAGUCACCAUUUUGGUUCUAUAUUUCUGUUUGGAGGAAACGAUGUUCGACCGUGCAGCACAUAGCGGACCUAUGAUCGACGGCGUGCAAGAAGCCAGUCACGGCUCCAAGGAGCUCUCAUCAGACAAUGAAAAGAUUGGCACCUCGGGAGAUCUCAAGAAGUCGACAUCAAACACCGGAUCUAACGCACCGCGUGGUAAAGAUGAAAAGCCAAAGACGUAUCUCCAACGAAUUCAGCUCAUCACGCUUGCGCCGAAUCUGAAAGGUACAGGAUUCAAACAGUACAUUAGUCGUCUCUUCCACACCCUUCGUAUUUUUGGUUUCCCAGCUGUCAUAUACUCUGGGAUCCAGUGGGGAGCUCAAGACGCUUGGUUGACAUUCUAUCUCACGCUUGAAGAGGACAACUGGUAUGGCCCUCCCUGGAACUACAACGACGCUCAAGUCGGAAUCAUGAACGUACCAUGUGUGAUCGGAGCCGUUAUUGGCUGUUUCUGGGGUGGAUACAUGUCCGAUCGUUUUGUGUUCUGGAUGGCAAAGCGCCGAAAUGGUAUUCGAGAAGCAGAAGAUCGACUCUGGAUGAUGUUCCCUUGUGCAAUUUUCUCGCCUGCUGGCAUGUUGCUCUUCGGUAUAGGGACCGCGUAUGGCUGGAAAUGGCCAGUUCCAUAUUUCGGUCUUGGCCUCAUAGGAUUUGGCUGGGGAUGCGCUGGUGAUUUGAGCAUGGCGUACCUGAUGGACGCAUACCCCGAGAUGGUUUUGGAGGGCAUGGUUGGGGUGGCUGUGAUCAAUAACACUAUUGGCUGCAUCUUUACCUUCACCGCAAGCACCUGGUUGGAGAACAGCGGAGUUCGGGACUGCUUCAUUGCGAUUUCCGUGCUGGAUUUCUUUUUCAUCAUGCUGACGAUUCCAAUGAUGAUUUAUGGCAAAGCAUGUCGACGUUGGACUUUGACACGAUAUCGAGAUUUUGUUAGGAUUCGGGAUUCCAUUUGA